CAACUUUAUAUAACCCUCAUCUUGUGCACAUACACACACAUACACACACAAUCACUCGUCCACAUCAAAGCAACAUGGCACUAGUCCUGCUCCUGAUAGCUUUUGUAGCACAGACCACAGCUCUGAGCGUAAAAGAAGUGGUGCAACAACAAUGUUCCCAGGGACCACAGUUCUGGUGUCACGACCUUCAGAAUGCAGUUCUGUGUAACAAAGUGGAGUUCUGCAGCACACUGAUGUGGAAUGACUCCAGACUGGAUUUGCCACGAAAUCAAGUCAAGUUUCUGUGUCCAGUAUGUGUCGCAGUCAUACAAUCCCUGAAGAAUAGGAUUGGUAACCAUUCAUCACGUAGAUAUAUCUUUCGUGCUAUAAAGGGAGUUUGUGGCACAAUGUCAUGGUUUGUCCGGUUCCUGUGUCACAGAGUCAUUGAUCACUUAGUUGAACCAAUUGCAAAGCUUCUAGCUGAGCAUGCUAAUCCCCAAAAAGUCUGCAAUUCUCUCAGUUUCUGCUGGGGUGACAAAGUACAUCUUGAAGAUGCACUGUUGAUUUCUGGCCAGAUCAAUCAGGGUGAGUGUGGAGCAUGCCAGAGUUUUGUAGCACAGAUGAAGCUGAGUGUGAAUAAUGAGGCGUAUAAAGCAGAGAUUUCAAGACUUCUGGACACUUCCUGUGAUGACAUUUUCCACAGCUUACCUGAAUGUAAAAGCUUCGUGACCACCUAUAAGCAUGAGUUGAUAAAGGCUUUAAUGGAACCCUGGGACUACAAGAUGGCCUGUGAGAAAGUAAGCAUGUGUGUUGCAGCAAAGCACGACUCUCCAGCUAAUCACCGAGCCAUUGAAGGACAAUGAAAGUGCCCCAAUGCAUAAUGCUGUACAGCUCAUUCAAAAUUAUAACUUCCAAUGCGGUUCCUGCUAAAAUCAUUAUUAGCUUCUGUCCGAGCUAAACUAACAUGCACUUUACUAAAGAUAUGGAAGAAAACAAUGGCAGAGAAGAGGAGAAGCCUACACAAAGCAAUUAGCAUGAAAAUCUAUGGACAGAUUUAUAGCUGUCCAAAACGCAUCUAAAAUGGUUUUACAGUUAUUUUGUGGGAUUGAGACAAAUGUGACAAUAGGUAGUAUGUUUAUAUAAAAAUGUAUGUACUGUGUAUUGGACUCUACCUCAUUAAUGGUUUUCAGUUUGUUAAAAUCUGCUGCUUAUUUGCCUGCUUGACUUAUUAAAGUUUUACUGCUUUA